AUGCUUGCCGGUCUCAAGGAAGCUAUCCGCGACCCCAAAGUGUGGGUAUUCGUCUACAUGCAACACCUACACAUCGCUACCAACGGCUUCAAAAACUUCAUGCCGACGAUUGUCAAUACGCUAGGCUUCUCGCAGGAAGUCACACUUGUAUUGACAUGCCCACCAUAUCUGAUAGCAGGUGCAUUCUCCGUCGCAUGGGCGAUAUCAUCCGGUCAUUACAACGAGCGCACUUGGCACAUUACUAUCGCUAAAGGCGUGGCUAUCUUUGGGUUCGUGCUCGGCUGUGCGACUAUGAACGUGGGCGCAAGAUAUUUUGCCAUGUGCGUCUUCACAAUCGGUACAUAUGGCGUCAACAGUAUAAUUCUUGGGUGGGUAUCUUCAACAUGUGGGCAGACAAGGGAGAAGAAGUCUGCUGCUCUGGCUAUUGCCAACGUCGCGGCUACCCUCAGCUUGAUCUGGACUCCUUAUAUCUGGCCAGAGUCUUCGGAGCCGCGAUUCGUAUUUCCAUUGUCCAUGAGUGCCGGUAUGGCGCUGAUGUGUGCGGCUGGCGCGUGGCUCAUGCGGUGGUGGCUGAUCCGGGAGAAUCGAAGGAUCAAGAGUUCGAACUCCGAGACUACGAUGUUCUACGCUUACUGA